GCUUUUUUGACAGAGCAGGGAAGCGGAAGCAGCGGUGCUGAAGGCGGCGGUGUGUUUUGAUCAUAGACACAUGUCCUUGACAACUCUAUAGCCCCGCUCUCGGAACAGUUACAUGAAUUUAAUUAGUUAACCCCAUUCAAAUCACAGUAGGUAUGUACAGGCUUUGUUUUAAGUAAGUCUAGCGACCAGUCAAGGUCGGGAUCUUAUUAUUUGAAGCAUGGGAGGCUAUGGCUGUGUGUUAAAGUCAUGUUGGUGCAUGUUAACAAAUAGAAAAGCCAAAUCAACCCAAUAGAGCCUUGGGUCAGGUUUGAGAGUAAAGUUUGUGACUGUCACGCUUUUCUAAUGCUCAAAAACCUUCUCAUUAAACUGUAACAGAAGUAUUGUGAUUUGUUAAACUGACAGCUGUGACAAAGUUUGAGUUCAGUCAAACACUGCAGCAAGCAAGCAAGGUGACACAAUCACACCACAACAGUUUUAAAUAGGUAUUUAACUGUAAUUUACCAUAAACACAGUAAUCAUUAGACUAUUAACGUUGUGCUGUCUCUCUUUUUUACACCUGAUCAAAAGUUUUACAGGAGUUGUUUUAUCUUUAGGUCAACAGUAACAACGCCAGCAUGGGGUUUCUAAUGUCCAAAUCCAUGGAUGCAAACUUGAAAAAGCAGCAAGAAUUCAUGCUACAUAAUUCAAGACUGCAGGUGAGUGAUGGUGCACCUAUCUACACAGAGCUAGAAACGUCCAAGUCUGAACUUGCAUUCUUGUGUUGGCAGAUUAAAUUUGGACAUAAGAUUGUUGUCACUUGUGUAUAAAAAAUUGAGUGUCUAGUUUAGAUUUUACCUUUUAUUUUAUUUUUCUGUCACCUUGUCCAGUUAUUGAUAAACCCAAACAAUAGCCAAAAAUAACACUGUGAGCCAAGCAGAUGAAACCUUUAGCUGUAUAGACACAUUUUAGUUAGUUAUAAUCUUCUUCAGGGGUUAUAGAAGUUGCAGCACACUACCAGUUUCUCUGCUGCCCUUUAUUCUAAUCUAGUAUACCAGUGUCAGAAUAUAGAUGCAAAAUUUAAAGGGAUAUUCCGGCAUAAAAUUAAGUUAGGGUCAAACACACCGUAACACCAAGUCAGAUACCCCGCCGAGAGAUGAAUGUUGUGGACUGCUUGCUUCUCUAGUUAUACCGACUUUAGUAACGACCGCAGAUAGCGAAGUUCGGUGCUGUUCUGAGCAUUAUUUGUGGCUAUAGAGUGUCUCUUUGGUUGAACGUGUGGCUCCUCAGAGCGCUGUGUAUUGCUACCGUGCGGUCGUUACUAAAGUUGGUAUAACUAGAGAAGCAAGCUGUUCGCAACAUUCAUCUCUCAAGGGGGUGUCUAACUCAGUGUUACGGUGUUUUUGACCCUAACUUCAUUUUACGCCGGAAUAUCCCUUUAAGUUCAGUAUUGGAGUUUGUUUUACACGGACAAAAUGCAUUUCCGAACAAGACAAACAGGAGCAAAAGUUUCAUUGAAGGCAAACAUGGAGCCUAAUCCUGGGAUAAAGUAGUCAUUCCACCCGUGAACCCAGCCCUGCAAGACCAGUUUGGUAGUUGGGUCAUGGGGACACAGCCUAGUCAUCAUUGUUUCAAUAUUAUACACUAAUAAUCAUGCUAUGCUGUCUGUUGUGACUGGCUUUUGUCUUCCUUCCACAAAUUACACCAUGCCUUUUCCUAAUCAAUCUUUAUCUAUGAAGCGCUUUUCUUACACCAAUUAUACAAUUCAAAGUGCCAUUAUACAGAGACCCCCCCCACACACACACACACACAGUCUUUCAAAUAACUAAAUAAGAAUAAUUGAAUAUAUAAAAUGUUUUCAAAAAAUAAAAAAGACUUCUUAUUUAUUCAUUUAUUAUUAUUUAUUUUUUCAUUUCAUUCAAACAGUGGAUUGUGUUUUUCCUCUCCUGCUUUGGGUAAAUUUGUUGUUAUUCAUUCAUGUCUGGAUUGGAAUCAGCUGAGCAGCAGGUGGGAUAUGUGACUGUCAUAACACCAAUAACAUUAUCUGACUCGCACCCAAAUGAUGUGUUGUGUGAUUGUGUUGUGUUGUGUUGUGUUUCUCCCCUUAAUUUUCCCGGCCCUCCCUGCUGUAUAUGAUGACAUAGACGAAGACAGAUAACAUUCAGGGAAAGCAAAGAUUUAGCAAUUCGCAGUCGGCUUUUAGAUGCACCCUAUUUAGACCAGGACUGACUCACAGACCAAUAUUUUAAACAGGUAAGAACCCUGUACAGGAUUUGCAUUUUUUUCUGUAUUAUUCAUACUGAGAUUCACUUUUGAAUACAUCAUAAUUAAGAAGUUCUCUAUCUGCUUAAAGGUAACAGACAUCAAGUGUCUCAUCAGCUUGUAAUUCAGUUUUUACUGGCACGUUUACCUACAAAUUUUGGCACAGAAAAUCACAAUAACAUGUCAAACAGUAGCAUAAAUCUUGUGGGCUGAUUAUUGUCAAAUGUUAGGUUACUGCCUGUAACAGUUUGAAUGACUCAUGUUCUGAGGGGUUGGUAAAACCUGUUCUUGUCUGCUAUUAAUAGGGUUGUGCUUUUCCCUCCCAGAGACUGACAUUAGAUUGAUGUGUUUAUUUGUACAGGGAUAAGUAUUGAGUAUUUUUUCACCUGAGAUGACCAAGUUUGCUUAAGUUGAGCCACAAAACUACAUUGAAGAGUUUGUUUGAAUUUGCAAUAUGAAUGCGAUGAUCAUAACUAAUAGACAGUUGAUCAAAAAAUGCUGAAGGCUGAUUAGAUGUACAGUGGAUAUAAAAAGCCUACACACCCCUGUUAAACUGCCAGGUUUUUGUGAUUUAAGAAAAUAUCAGCAAGAUAAAUAUUUUCAUAACUUUUUCCACCUUUAAUGUGACCUAUAACCUGUACAAUGCAAUUGAAAAACAAACUGAAACCUUUAAGGGGAAAAAUAAAAAAUAGAAAAGUUAAAAUAACCUGGUUGCAUAAAUAUGCACACCCUUAAACUAACACUUUGUUGCAGCACCUUUGGCUUUUAUUACAGCACUCAGUCUUUGAGGGUAGGAGUCUAUCAGCGUGGCAUAUCUUGAUGUGGCAGUAUUUGCCCACUCUUCUAUGCCAAACCGCUCCAAAUCUGACAGAUUGCGAGGGCGUCUCCUGUGCACAGCCCUCUUCAGAUCACCCCACAAAUGUCGAUGGGAUUCAGGUCUGGGCUCUGGCUGGCCUUUCUAAACUCUCAAUCUUAUUCCGGUGAAGCCGUUCUUUUGUUGAUUUAGAUGAGUGCUUUGGGUCAUUGUCGUGCUGAAAGAUGAAGUUCCUCUUCAUCUUCAGCUUUCUAGCAGAAGGCGGAAGGUUUUGUGCCAACACUGACUGGUAUUUGGAACUGUUCAUGAUUCCCUAAGGCACCAGGUUCAGCUGAAGAAAAACAGCCCCAAAGCAUGAUGCUGCCACGACCAUGCUUCACUGUGGGUAUGGUAUUCUUUUGGUGGUGAGCAGUGUUGAUUUUGCACCAAUUUACCUUUUGCAAUGAUGCCCAAAAAGUUCAACUUUGGUUUCAUCAGACCAUAACACAUUUUCCCACAUGUGUUUGGGAGAUUUCAGAUGUCUUUUUUGCAAAAUUAAGCCGGGCUUUGAUGCUUUUCUUUGUAAGAUAAGGCUUCUGUCUUGCCACCCUACCCCGUAGCCCAGACAUAUGAAGACAGCGGGAGAUUGUUGUCACAUGUACUACACAGCCAGUACUUGCCAGAAACUCCUGCAGCUCCUUCAGUGUUGCUGUCGGCCUCUUGGUAGCCUCCCUGACCAGUUUUCUUCUUGUCUUAUCAUCAAUCUUGGACAGAAGUCCUGUUCUUGGUAAUGUCACCGUUGUGCCAUAUUUUCUCCUCUUGAUGAUGAUGAUGGUCUUCACUGUGUUCUAUGGUAUAUUUGGGAAUUCUUUUGUAGCCCUCACCUGAAUGAUAUCUUUGAAUAAUGAGAACCCUCUGAUGCUUUGGAAGAUCUCUGCAGACCAUGGCUUGUGCUGGAAGAUGUGGCUUCAUUUGACCUUCACAAUCGCAGGAAGUAUGGUUUCUGCUAGAAGACCAGAAACACUUAAUGCUGACACCACUCCCCUGUUUUCCAUGAUUUGUGCACAUGUACACACCAAGCAGAGUCUAUGUCUGUUGCUUGACUGUAAAAACCUUCAUGUGAUGCUGCUUCAGUUAUAGGUCGCCCUGGCACUUGAUUAAGCAAAACAGAUCUCAAGAUGUGUGCACACAUACGGGCUACCAUGAGACAACAGUGUGAUUACUUCAAGUGUUUACACCUGAAGUGCACAUGCAGUAUGGUACUGUGAGAAUCAAUCCUGGGAUGAGGUAGAUAUUCCACCAGUGAAGACAAGAGCGGGUUCUUGUAACAUCAUUUUGAACAUUAUCUGAAAUUGAUCAUGAUAUGUACAGAUGUUACAAAAAGUUUUAAAGGGGGCCGGGGUUCAUAUUUUUAAAGUAAUUUCAUUCACUUUACCUCAAUGAAAGGGGAAUAUUUCAAGCUUCUCAUCUUGAUUUUAGACUGUUUGGGCUUGUAGCUCAUGAAAAUUCAAAAAUGGUUGCCCAAAUAUUCUCAAAGUUGAACCAAAAUGAACCAAAAAGUGGAUUUAGAAAUGUCACAUUUGCAUAAAGUAUGUUCAGUUUUACACUAAAUACUUGAUGGAGAUGACCGGCCUGUGACACUGCUGAGGUGCCAUCAAAGCUGGUAGGUUGCUUUGAUAGUGGCCUUGAACUUAACUGUAUUUGUGGGUCAGGUGUUUCCCCGUUACAUAAUAGUAAUUUAAUGGUCAGCAAACCAUUUGACCGUAGUUUUGGUGCUGUGUUGUGCCAGAAAAUGAAAAUCAACACUUCCACAAAGCCUGUCAGCAGACAGAAACAAUGCUCUGAAAUUCCCUAGUAUUUGGCUGCAUUGAUUUAGGACUUGAUAAACAUGUUAGAUGUAUGUCAACACCAGUCUGAAUCCCGAAUACUCACAGACUGUGGAAACUUCACAUCGUACUUCAAACACCAUCGAUCUUGUGCCUCUUGGCUGGUGCACCAGACUCCUCGACCUUAAACUCUACAUGAAAUGUAGAAUGGUGAAUGGUCAAGCAGAUAUAAUCAAGACACCUCAGACCCAUGACUGUGUUGUGAAUUGUCUCGACUCUCCUUGUUUUUUUUUACAUCUCCUUGGAGAUUUGUGUGUAUCAGUUCACUAAGUACUGUUCCACAUUCGUUUCCUUUCGAAAUGUCAGUGACUUUCACGCGUAUGCCUCUGCUCUUCUCUCACUUUCUCACCUUCAGGUAAGGCUCACCAUGGCUCAUUUCUUUCUUUCACUUUUUGUCCGCUGCUUUUUCCAGUCACCAGCUCUUUGCUGCUUGUACAAACAUGCCCUCAGAUGUAUUUGUCAUCUAUUGUGAAGUCUUCACAAAGACAUAUUUUUUCUUUAGAAGUACACACCCAGCCAAAGUUAAUCCCUCUUUGUUUUAGUUUUGGAGGUAACUCAUCAUAGGUAAUUCAGUGUAAAUCAGUACAGGAACUUUUUGUCUGUAUUGACUUUGGCGCCCCCUUUGUGGACAUAGCUGCAACACUUACAUUGUGGCUGAUUUCAUCUCACUCUUGUGAAAAUGGUGUUUAUUGACAAAAGAAAUCUUCUCAUUUGCGUUUGUGCAUCACAAAAACGUGUCACUGUUCAUUUCAGCCUGACUCCUCACAGGAGCUUUAAUUUCAUAAAUAGUCGAGUCGAAACAUUUUCAUUUCUCUGUUAACAUAUUUUAGUGUUGCAGAAAAGAACAGCAGCACCCAUAUGAGAUAAUGAGGAGUUUAAAUUGUAUAUUCAUGCUCAUCAUACACAGUUUGAUAAUCUGGUGGAUUCACAGGAUUUGACAGACGGGCUCUGCAAUAUAAUCGAAGUCCACAUGUGUUCGUGUCUGAGUAUAGAGAUAAAAUGGAUGAUAAUAUUGUACUCGGAGGCUGUGAUUCAAGAUGUUUAUUGUCACUGCGGUUAUACCAGAACAACUGUGUGAAGUUCUUGAGCUAGACGGCUCCAUUUAGAUGGGUGAAUAAAAGAUAUAUAAGACAUACAAAACAAAUAGACCUGAUAUAAAAUAUUAUUCGAUUUGCAGAUCAAAGACACGUUGAAAUCCUCCACAAUCUGCCAUCAUCCAUACCCGAAGUUUACCCAUGUUCCCCUUGUUGACAUGGAGGGGCUGCUUUUUGUGCUAUACUGUAAUCUGUCCGUAGGUGGAGCUACUAGUGUUUUGGCCUAACUCCUGGGGAGCCUUUGAGUCACACUUUUUUCAGUCUGUGGCUAACACCGUGAAAAAUUCCUUCAUCAGACCAUUUCCCAUGGUUCAAGAACUGAUUUUGGUCUCAUAGUUGACGGAGAGGAGAUAGAUAUUUUCUCCAACAGGAAUAAGGUAGUUUCCAGAUCCCCGAUUUAUUAGAAUCUAACAUCUAGUAUCUCUGACCUACUUCCUGUUUCAGACGAGAGAGAGAGAAUGACCUCAACAACAAGAGGUGACGUCUCUUUCUCUGUGUCACUAGAAACCCCUCAUUACACAUUUCUCUGGGGACGGGAUAGCUUGAUGAAUAAUGGAGUAAUUUCCCCUUGCUGUUUUUUGGAAAGGAUGCAAUCAAAACGUGAUUAAAUCCCUUGACUCAAUAACCGCACCUGCUGCAUUUUAUUGGAGUUUUCUUUGACCGUGCUGUGGUCAAGUCAUUUUAUGAUUACAGAUUAAAUGCUGUUGUUUACAAGGGUCUGUCCUGUCAUGUGUUUCCUUUAAAAAUAUUACACCACUCAGUUAACUCCUGGAUUAUAAAUGAUCGCCCCUGAGGCUUGUAAAGUUUAUAGCUUCCUCCUUCCUGGAUUUGGUCCCUGUUAAAGUCAGAUCAAAGGUUUUGAAGUUUGUCAAAGACUCACAGAAAUGUAUCCUGGUAAUUCCAGCUUGUAAUUUGGUGAAGACAGCAGAUGUUAGUUUUACCACAGUUUUUCAGUCUAAAUGGAUGGAGAGGGAUUUAAAGGAGGUUUACAUGAGGAGAAGUGUUGCCAACUAUCUAUUCUACAUCAAAAUUUCAACUCAACUGACAAAUCUGCUUGAUGCCAACCAGGCUUUAUAUUUCCUGACUUCCUUGAAUGCAUCAGAUAAUAACUAAUCUGAUCUCUAUUGAGCUAACAAACAUUAUUUGUUAUUUCAGCAAACUUAAGACCCAUAAAUCAAAAGAAAAUCACUUUUUCUCUUUAGGCUUCAUAUUGCUGUAGUAGGCCAAAAGAAAAGCCUUUGUUUGGUUUAUUAUUUACAGGGAAACUGAGACCUUCCUAAGAAAAAUGAACAGGAGCUCUUCCAGUGAACGGAAUUACCAGGAAAUGUUGGUGUUUAUUUUGCUGGCAUAUCUGGAGAGGCAGAUUUGGACUUUAAACUGAUGAACAAAUUGUUAACAAUGCAAAGGAGUGUUUUUCAAAUGUCUUCCUUAUGAGCUUUUGGCUACCAGUGAAUGCCUGAGGCUACAUCCUUCUAAGACAAGGAAAUAACCCUGAGCCAACCCUGGCAUGAUAAACGGUUGUAGACAAAACCCCAAAACUUUCAGGUUUUUUAAGUGAAAUUAAACAAGGGGAAAAUAUGUACUUGGCAACAGAAAUAUGAUUUGACUACGUAAUCCGACUUUAUUACCCCGGCGGGUCGCUAUCAGAAUGAGCCAAACCAGCAAAGGUAUGUGGACUUACUCUGGAAAAACCAAUAUGACGCUGUUAACUCGUAGACUCUGUGAUCUGUGCUCAACUUUGACUGUUUUCAAAAUUUUUCCUUCCCUCGAGACUCGUCAGUCAGUCAGUCAGUCAGAAGCUUAUUUUCAGUUUUAGACAGCUGAUUAGUCACUCUGGAAAACUCCAACAGCUUUUCUAAUUAUACGGUUAAAUAAAAGCACAUAUGCACCAUAAAUAUUGUAUCUAGCUGUGUGCUGUACUGUAAAAAACUUCAACCAGAACGAGUGUGACAGCAUGCCUGAAAGUCACAUUUGAUCAGAAUUAAUGGUUAAUCUCAAGAGCCUUUUAUUGUAAUUGGAACAGCCAGGGGACUUCAUGGAAUCAUGAUCUCCUCAUUUUACAUGUUUUCUUCUCCUGUUUCUGACCGUUAUCAGAAACCAGCUACUGAGUGAUCUAAUUGCCCCCUUUUGAUGUGCAGUCUUAUUAACCACAAUAGCUGUUUGAUUAGUGGCACGCCACAUGCUUAUUUUUAGAUUUUCACGCUGAUCGGUUGAAGUGUUGUGUUCAAAAGCAUAAAGCCUACUUAAGAACCCUAAACUCUUAUAUUCUUUGCAGUAUUUGAUCAACUAUCUAAUUUUAUUUCCUGAUUAAACUUGGUAGAUAACGAAGAUUAUGAGUGUUGGAGGGUUUAGAGUUCAUCCCUGUUUCUUCUUAUCCUUCAUGUUAAAAACAUUUUGUGUUUCAUAUGAUGUUCAAUGUCAGCGUUAUUUAUGUAGCACAUUUAAAACAGCCAGUGGCCUACCAAAGUGCUUUGCAGUAAAAUAGCCAGAAACAAUAAAAAACAAUAAAAGCUAUAAAAACAUAAAACAAUAAGAUAAACAUAGCAAAUACAUAAAAGACCCAAUAAACGUUCAAAGUCAAAGCUGAUUGUUUUAGUACCAUACCAAUAUUGUAUGUUGGGAUAGGUUUUUACUUCUUUUACCCCUUUCAUAUGGUAAAGAGCUCUUAUUUGUUCAUUUUAUUUUAUUUUCUUGUUUUAGUCCAUCAGGUUUUGGUCUUUCUUUUUACUAUUUUUUAUUUUUUAUCUUUUCUCUCCAGUGUUUCCCAAAGGUAGCUCUUUCCCCACGUAAUGUCUCGGUGUCAGGCCAUGUCUCUUUAACAAAUCUUAAAUUCUCACUCUGUGUGUGCUUGUUUGUGUGUAUGUAUGGGUGAGUGAGGGUAGGUGUGUGUCUUUGUGUGUGUGGGCCCAUGGGUGGGUGUGUGGGUGGGAGGGUCAGGUUUUAUUGUUAUUUAAUUGUUGUUUUUAGCCUCUGUGGGGCACUUUGAACUAGGGCCCGACCGAUAUGGAUUUUUUGGGGGAUCGAUACUGAUUAUUAGGGGGAAUCAUCCGUUUUCACCCCUCUGCCGAUCGGUUUCUCCGCGUCUUAACUCACGUUACACAUUUCCCGCCCGGUCUCAUCUGGAGACAUGCAGCUGCCUCAGUAAGAGAAGUAUCUCGAUCACGUAAUGUGUACUGUUGUUUAUUCUACCGUUACUGGCACGGUUAACAGUGUAGCAAGGCUAAUAGCAGAUGGCUAACUCUAACUUUAGCUUGCAUAUUACAUGGUGCUUCACCGUUAACUCGGCGUGACCGAGACCAGCACAGCUGGGAACAUCGUGAAGUGGGUUGAACUGAAACUUAUUUACAUAUUGUGUAUUUCACAAACUGGUUUAUUUCCCGUUGAGGUGGACCACUCUCCUCCGUGCGUCCCUGAGCUGUCUGCUUCAGAUCCGUCACUCUGCUGUGCUGUGAGGUAGUUAGUAGAUGAAGAUUGUCAUGUGGUCGCUGCGCCAUCUACAGGAUAAGUCGGGGAACUUUUCAAACGGUGGAACAUUUUCCAAGUGAAGCCGAAUCUUAUUCUCCACAUUUUAUUUCUGAAAAUAUCGGCGACAAUCGGUGAGUUUUGGCCGUUUACCGAUUAGCUAAACGGGCUAAAAUUGGCCGAUUUAAUCAGCUCGCCAUUUCCUACUUUGAACUACAUUUUUUUUUGUCUGAAAAGUGCCAUAAAAAUAAAGUUAAAAGUUGAAUUUGAAUAUCCAGGUAGAUCGAUGCUGCCUCGAAUACUUGCAUACUAACCAUAAUUUGUCAGCUGUUGAUACUUCUGACUGUUCUCUGUUCGGUUAGCUAAGCAAAGUACAGCUCUGUUUUAAUGCUCCUGACAUGUUUCAUUCACUCUUUUUUAAUAAUUGCUUCAAAACAGACCUCAAAUACAGAUGUUAAGAUGUCUUUCAGUCUUUCUUUAGUUUCAGACAUUAACAGUGAGCUGCUCUAUUCAUGAUUGUGGGCAGGAAGAUGAACUCAAAUGCUUUGCCUCUGACAUGUUAUCAUUUUUAUAAUCAAAUCUCUCAAUUGGACCUGUGGUCAUUUAUUCAUCAGUUAGUUAGUGACACUUUCCUAUUACGCUGCAAUUAACGCUCAUCUUUGACACUUUUGGUUUUUGGGAAGAAAGGCUUUUAAAUGAGAGCGUCACUCGGUCCGCUCAAUAGAAGCGGAUGUUUCGGUACAUUUGUCAAACACAAAAGAGCAAACGAAAAUCAUCAGCACAGAAACUGUGUUUCCAGAAACUGGACCGACUGUCUAUCAUUCCUUUCACCGAGUCUUUGUCCAUCUGUCUCUCAGUUUUCUAUUUCCAUUCUCUGCUGUUGUCAUUUUAAUCAGAGGUAUAAGAUGUUAUAAUAAGAUUUUACCCGGACCAACCCUCUGCAUUGAUCAAGGUUUGAAUAUGCUGUAUAGUGAAAUCAUAUAUGAUCAAAUACACCAAAAAAAAGUAAAGUUGUAUUUAAGUCGAACCUUUCAAAACUUAAGUUACAAAGACAAAAGAGCACCUGGAUGUUUGUGAUCAGGGAUCCAUUCAUGAAAACAUCUGAGGAGGUUAUCAUGUUUGGAAAAAUCCUCUUCAGAUGUUACUUUAUUUUUUACAGGAAUAGAAACUGAAUGAACAUCUUUUCUGUUGGUUUUGGUUCAUAGUAAAAUGUGUCCAAAUAGAAAGUAUAAUCAGUGGAAUAUUUCACAUUGUAAACUGUUUAGUACCCUCUAGUGGUGUAAUUGGUGUAAUUUGUAUUAACAUGUUUUUCUGCUCAUUAAAUAUCUCGAUCAAUAUUCGAGGCUUUGGACAGAGGCUUAAAUAACCUGUAGUCUGACACUCUUACUCUCAUUUUAGCGUCAAAAUUCAAACAUGAUGUGUUGAAAAGCGCCGGGCUGUGUCCAUAUUUGGCUGUGAAGGUUUUUUCACUGCCUGAUGACGUCCUCUUUACUUUUCUCCUGUGUGUGUGUGUGUAUGUGGGUUUGUGUGUGUGUGUGUGUGUGUGCCUGCGUAGAUGGAGCGUCAGAUUCUGAUGCAGAACCAGAUGAGGGAGAGACAGAUGGCCAUGCAGAUCGCCUGGUCCAGAGAGUUUCUGAAUUACUUUGGCACUUUCUUUGCAGUGGCCACUGUGGGACUCACUGUGGGGUGAGUUAAGAGUGUAAUGACUGCUUUCAGAGGUCAUGACUAAAUACCACGCAGAAAUAUUCUGUUCCAAGCUCAUGUAGACUCUGUAAUAAUGCACAGUUUGGGCAACUACCAGUGUCAGCAUGUUAAAUGUCUAAGGGCUAAUAAUGGCCCCAUUAAUGGGAAUUUAUUCAUAGCUAGAGACUUGAGAAAAAACAAGGAAAACAGCAAAAGUGUUUCAUUGAACAGCCUAAUAGACUGAAGUGGUUGUGAUUCAGCGGUCAUGAAAGUUUCAAGCUUGUUUUUCUUGGUUAAUCAAAGCAGUUGCAGAGCAAUUAAGUCUUAAUGUUAGAUUAUUAUUAUUAUUAUUAUUAUUAUUGUUAGAAUGAAGCAUUUCAACAACAAAAAAAUGCAGAGAAGUAUUUGAAUUAAAACCCCCGCUUUUUUUUAUUUGCUAAACUGCAUAAAUUUAACAUCGAUGAAAGAACAUCAUCAGGUUCUCCUUGGAUAGAUGAACUUUGCACUUUCAGAAAGUCUGAGGUCCUGUUUUUUUUAUCACAUAUUGACUAAGUUCCUCUCUUCGGCCCUUUGAUUUUCUUUAGUGCAAUUAAAAGGAGGAAACCUGUCCUAUUUGCUCCCAUCAUUCCUCUCAGCUUCAUACUUGCCUUCCAGAUGGACAGUGCCUAUGGGACUCUUAUCUAUCGAAUGAGAGGUAAGACCAUGCAGAGUUGAGUCCUUCAGAGUUGUCAGAAAACCUUUAUUUUCCUUAUAAAAUCAAUAUUUUCUAUGUUAGACUGUACAACAAAAUACUCCCCUAAAUGUAAGCUACUGAUUGCAAACAAGAUUUUUUAAGUGGCAAAGAAAAAAGUUUUUUUUUUUUUCAAUUUAUAAUCAGGAUGCAAAAAUAAGUACACACCAAUCAAAGUUCUGGGAGCAAAGCUAAAUUUUAGUGACCAUAUCACCCUUAUUUUCUUCUUAUGGUAAAUCAAAUGUUAUGUUAAACUCAGCUUUGUCAAAACUUUGGAAAUUGUACUUUUGCUCAUCUAGAUAUUGAGUAAUAUGUUACUUUUAAUAGGGGAUGUACUGGCUUAUGCCGGGCACUGUAUGACUGUAAUCACCCCAAAUAGGUUAAAGUUAAAUAUCCAUCUAUUUGAGAUUUUAUGGGCAUCACCUCACCUCAGUAUCCAAAAUAUGAAUUUGGUGGUAAUAAUGAAAUAAAGAUGCAUACUCACUGACCUUAACACACUACACACAGCUCUACAGAUGUUGUACAGUAGAAUUAAACCUCAAUGUUUUCCUUCAGAGCCGAUCCGAAAAGAGGCAAACCCACUUUUCUCUGCAAAAACUAAACAAAUGAUCUAACCUGGCAUAGCAGAAGUGAAUGUACAGGACAAAAAUAGCUGUUUUCACAGACAGCUGUUUGCCACAACUCAAUGCAUUGAUUUCUCUGUCCCUCAUUACACCCUCAGGGGAAGCUGAGAGUAUCAUGACGUCUGAACACGACCGCCUGGACUUGCCCCACGGGACCCCUUCUUUCGAUAGCAUAGAGAAAGCUCGCCGCGCUAGAAGCAGCCUGGCUUCCUUCUUGGAGAAAUGAAGUGUCGGUAUUUUUAAGACUCAGUCAUCCAGUCGCCGUUUUGCUUUUGUGUAAUUAUGGAGAUUUGAAAAAUCUACUGCCUUGUGUCCUACAUGAGUUCAUGGUUUGCACUAAUUUUUUAUCAUGGACUUUAAGUCAUCUAAGUUAAGAUGCUAAUAAAUAUAAUGAUAAGGAUGAUUUGUGGGUUUUAUCAUUGGGGGUGGAUGAUUAACCAAAAUAUUUCUACUGAACCACUGCUCUGGGGAAAGAGUGGUGCAGUCAGAUGUUAUUAAAGCAAGUCCAAAAACUUUAAGGAGACCUGUGCUGCUGAUCCAAACUUUCUUACAAUAAAUGCUACAAUUCUAAAUGUUCGCACAAAACCAGAUCCAUGACAUGAGAUACUAUCAGUACUCAGAUUUUUCUUGCUCUGCACUUUAUUCGUUCAGUUUGUUUUGGACAUUUGCGUAUAGGCAGUCUAUCAAUUUACAAGCCCAUAUAGAAUAAGGAUGAUUCUCAUUUAGAGGUGUCCUAGACUAACUUAAUAAAAGUUGAAAUUGAGUAAAAUAGGUCUCCUAUAAGUUAGUAACAUCAUCUUUUAGUGUAUUGUGAAAUGAAUCUAAAUUGACUCUAACAACAUUCAGCCAUUAAAGCCUUAUCACCUCAGACUGCAGCUGUGUCCUACAUUUAGUCUAUGUUUUUGUUCCUUUAGUUUGAACUGUUUCAUCAAAGUGCCAAAAAAUUAGUGUUACUGUGGCUGAAACAGUAAAAGCUAAAAAUUGUAGCGUUCAAAUAAACCACUUUUCUGAGCGACAAAUUAAAGCUUUUACAAUUAACUUAUUUUUUAAAGAAGUUAAACCAACACCUGCUGUUGUUGUUGUUGUUUAGCUUUAUUUCUCAUCUAUUAAAAUAAUAGAUGAGAAAUACAAUUUUUAGGGGCUGAUGCCGAUACAAUGAUCAGUAUCGGCCCUAGUAUAUAACUAUACUUAUUCACAGUGAUGUAACACCUGUAUUGUUUAGGCUUAUAUAAACAACAUAACUUGUAUUUUAGCAAUGAGUUGCCAAUUUGCACAUAAAGUUCAGACAAAUUGAGACAAAACUUUAAUUUUAAAAAAUUUGUUUCACAACAUUAGUUUGGUUUGUAUACGAACAGAGUUCAGUGUUUUUCCUGAAAGUGAUUGAAAAAGUGAGAGAUUGAAUUGUUUAGUGUAAAAAUGUAGAACAUGGAAAUGUUGCAAAUAUUGUUUUGAUGACACAAGACAAGUACCUGAAAUCUUUUGGGUUGGUUUCUGGUUGGAAAAAAAAAAGUUAUUUACAAAGUUCAGUGAAGUGCUGAGAACCGCUACGUCAAAGCUGUAGUUUAAAUCUGUACAUUCAACAAUUGUAUUUUUAUCAGCAGAGUUUUAAUGUAAAGUACAUGUGGAUGUAAAAUAUUCCAAGGUGCUGAUAUUUAUAAACAGCUAACUCACCAUCUUUUCAGCUCAACUUUGACAUCAUGGAUACUCUGUUUGUAAAUCCAAUAAAGAAAAACAUUCAUCAAAGA